AUGGAAAAGUUCCAGAGCUCAUCAAAAGUUGGCGCUAAUGGCUUCCAAGAGCACCCGAGUCACCAUCACCAUCACCAUCAUCAUCAACAACAAGUGGAAGAAGAAGACUUUGACAAAAAACAGUAUCAGCGACUUCGACAAGCCCAACGCUGCUUGUUGCAGCGAAAGUACGAUGAAGCGAUUGCCAUUUGCAGUGACUAUUUCCAAUCUAUCCAGCAGCAUGACACUAAUUCAAGAUCCGCGAAGAGUCAAAUAUUAGUACAAGAUGAUACAAAGAGCAGCUGGAUAGUAAAUCUGAACUGUCAAAUACCGCAUUGGUACUAUUAUGCUGAAAGCAAUAAGGAUGUUGAUAUUCACGUCGACUGCCGUGACGAACCUAUGACGGAACCAACAACUUUGGAUGAAAUGAUCGUCAUUGCAUUACAAGCAACCGAAGAGAAGGAUGCGCAAUUGCAGAUGAAAGAGUCAUCUACUGCUUCCCUUUGGAGGAGGAGUCGAAAGCACAGCAGCCAGAAUCACUCAAAACACCUGUGGAAACUCAUGACUGAAUCUCUCUCGAAUUCUUCGAUUGGCUUGGAGGCAUUUUGCGUCUGGAUGCAGUUUUGGCAAGCGCAAGGUCUCUGGAAAGAAUCAUUGGAGUGGAAUGUCUCUGUACUGUGUAGACAAUCUAGUGAAAUUUACGAUUCUGAUGCAUUGUGCCAACCAGCAGCCACCACCAUUAGUCCAAGAGAAGAACUAUGGAUCGAAUGCCUGACACAUCAGCUACCACGUAUUCGGAAUCCCAAGCUCGCAACUGAUUUCAUGGGUCACUUGGAAAAGGUUAUGCGAAUAGACCAACAACCGAAAUCAGGUGGUGGUGGUCCAAAAACACCAUUGAAUUGGGAUGCGACGCUACAAGACAUUAAUGCGUGCCUACUGGCAGUCACAAUGGCGGACCAUCCGCAGCAUAGGACGAUCCGUCUCAUCCAAGAAAUGUGGAGUCGUAUCAACUGCGAUAUCAAUGAAGAUGACAUGAAGAUUGCAGAAGCAACGACAUCAGUCGAGGCGAAUGAAUUUCUAUCGCCAAUAGCAAUGAAGAUAAUUGACGAGUCAUGGAAAGCAAGCCUAGAAGCAGCUUCAGUGGCGAAUCAAGUCAACGAAAGCGACGACUUGAAUGUAAAAGAAAAGCAGGAGACAUCGAUGGUGCCAUUCCAGGAAGAGGCGCCCCCGACUUCGCCCAUAUCCUACUAUCCCCUUCCACACAAUCCAAAGCAUCAGACGUGGAUCGAUCGACUGGUUAGUUUUGCACACCACAAAAUACACGAAACCAUGCGACAAGUGACAUUAGCGCGGAAUACUAACCCGUAUUUCAAGUCACAAGUCAUCUUGUCUCUGACAAUAACGAUUCUAUCUUGGAGGCAACGAAAGAAUCUGAAAGCAAUCUUGUCCCAUGUCCUAUUGCCGAUUCGAGAACUGUUGGAUGCCCUCAAAGCUCAGUAG